GAUUGCGGACGGCUUCCGUUUCUCGGGGCUGUGCUUGGAUUGUAGCGACGUCUUUAUCACGUACAGUUGUCGGGUUUUUUUUUUUUUUUUUUUCUCUUUUCUUUUUUGCGUAAAACGGGGUGGGAAGUUGUGCGCAAGAUGGAGAACUUCGAUAAAACAGGGUUGAGCGCCGUGGCCGGACCUGCAGCGGACUUCCGAGGCAAUGAUGGAUCACUGGUGUCUGCACUCAAGACUUUGCUGUUUUUCACAGUACUCAUGGUAACCCUUCCAAUAGGGCUGUACUUUGCAUCCAAAUCCUUUGUCUUUGAAGCUUCCAUGGGGAUGUCCAACAAAGACAGCUACUUCUACGCUGCCAUCGUGGCUGUGGUAGCGGUGCACGUUGUGCUCGCUCUUUUUGUGUACGUGGCGUGGAACGAGGGCUCACGCCAGUGGCGGGAGGGCAAGCAGGACUAGCACCGUGUUGGCAGAUGAGCUGAGAGAAGACUCUGCUAGAGAGCUCCAGGAGGCAAGCCAGACCUAUUCAGCAGUGGAGCCCUUAAAUGAACUGUUUGCUAAAAGUUUAAAAAGCAAAGCCUCUCAUUUCAGAGGGACCAUUUCAGGUUUAAUGCUGUGCUGGUUCUGAUCGGAACAGAUGAGGAAGGUGUUUGUAAUUUAUUUUUCAUCCAUAAUGUUAAUUGUUGUCAUAAGUAAAACUUAAUCCAAAUUUCAGAAAAUGUUGUUCCUGUUGUCCUGAGGAGAUUCUACUUGGGUCCAUUCAGUUCUUUGGUACUGAGUGACUGACCUUGUCCAGUUGUGGCACAGAUCUAGUCCUGAAAAUGUGUGUUAUUGUGUCCAUCUUUCUAUCCUGUUUCAGAUACUUCUACACUAGUUUCCAUUUGUCUCAUGACAUAUCUUGUUUUGUGAUCAAUUAAAUAUUUUAAAUCAACUGAGACAGUUUUUUUUUUUUUAAUAUGUUUGAGUCUCAAUUUAUGGUUACUUACUAAAUGGCAAAAUAAGAGUGUGCUGAUUUAAGUCUUGAAUAAAUGUGUUCACCCCCAUUGGACUUGUAUCACAAAAUGGAUUUAAUUAGGCUUUUUUUUUUUUGACACUGGUCAUCAGAAAGGUUUAGGUAUGUUUCAGGUACAUUUCUAUGACAUGUAUGUGACUUUUCUCCAAAGCAUCUGCUAAAUGAAUAAAUGUAAAUGUCAUGGUAAAAGAGGUGAUGCAGUCAAUUAUAUAUUUAGAUCAAAUUGGGGAGUUUUUUUCUUUGACAUUUGAGUCUGAUGAUUGAUAUUAAAAAUGCUUAAUUAAAUCCACUGUGAUCCAGUGUUGUAAUACAAAACAAAGUCCAAGGGCAGGUGUUUUUGUAGACACUGUAUUGAGUAUAAAUCUCUAACUGUUGCGGUACAGUAAUGUUGCAUAUGAGCAGUAAUAUUUGUUACAUUGUAAUGUACAUUAAUGAAGUCAAUGAUUUUGGUAGUUUUUGUAAUGGAGUCCUCUUAAACUGCCUUGCCGGUAUCUGUCCAAGCUAAUAGAAGAUUUUUAUUCAAUUUAAUUCCCUUAAAAUGAUGAUCAAAUUAUUAGCAAAUGUGAUGAAUAAAUUAAUGGUAGUUUUUCAAUAGAACGGUUGAAAUUGAAACUGAAUCAUGCUUCUGCUUGUGCUCACGUGACUUUCUACUGAGAAAAGAGAAGUGAGGUUGCAGCUUGAUUCUGCAUCGCUGACUCAUGGUUCUGUGCUUCACACUUCUGCAUUUUCCUUCUCCUACCCAGAAUACUCUUCUAUCCUCAAGCAUAGUGGUGGAAAAUUUUUCAUAUCUUUCACAAUGUUCCUUUUACUAGAGAUGGUUAAGCUCUUUGAUACUGAAAGGAAAUUUUCUAGGAUGGGUCCAGCUGUUAUGGAUAAUGAAAAAAAUAUUAAUCAGACACCAACAUUUUUACAACUUUAUACUAAAAGACUUCAUAUAUAGUACAGUGAACUUGUAACCAAAACAAUUGGUAGAAAGAACAAGUGUGUUGUCUGGUAGUGUUUAAUUUUAGACAAGCUGAAAUAUACAGUUAGAGCAAAAACAUGAAUUUGAGCCCUGCAGGUUGUUGCUGUAAUUUACAUGAGUAAUGAAGUAAUAUAACAUAUGUAAGUUACACAGAUCUUGCAUAUUUUUUUCUUGAAUAGAAUCUAAUGUUUUAUUUGCUAAUACAUUGGUCUUGGGCAUGCUUCCACUAUACAAAUAAUUUUCAAUGGGUAUUCUCUUGAAACAAAUUCUAACAUCAGUGUCUUGUCAGCCUCAUGUCUAGCUAGAAAUAAUUUUUUUUUUUUUUUUGCCAAUGAAAUCCAUUCUCGUCACGGGAAUUCUACUUACAAAUAGAUCCUACGGAACUGCACUUGUCCGAAGGAAGAGUAUUGAGGUAUGUAUGUCUUCCAUAGAUGGUGGUAGAAAAGAAUUGCAUUGAGCAAUGCAUUAGUUUGACUCAAGAGGGCAGAAGCAUAUUACAGGUCUUUGCACUUGACAUUUUUUCAGUCUUCCACGGAUUCUUUAGAUUCUUAUGAUCUAUAGAUGUUCUUUGCCUGAUAUAUUUGUUUCUUUGCCUUAGGCUUUUGUUCAAACAUUCUUUGUCACUGCGUGAGAAGAGUGCUCUAUAAAAAUGAAUUAAAUUAUGCUGUAUUAGUAAAACUGCAAAGUCAAAGCAUCCAAGGGGUAUGCACAAAGCAUCUGUCAUGCCUUCUGUUUGUUAGUCAGUUUUGCUGCUUCUAACACGUAUGAUCAGUCACUUGCCAUUUCUGUUUUUCUGUUCCAGCUGUCCAGGCCCAACCCCAAUGCCAAAAAUGUACACCAGAGUGAGCCUGCACACCAACUUGCUGAAAUUGUCUUACAUGGGGUGUAACACCUUGUCAGGUCUUGGGGCACCAAAAAUAUUGGCAGUAGUAUUCAGAGGAGAAAAGUCUUCAACUUGCUGUGAACUAGGGCCUUUGCCAGGUGUUCCUUGAACUCCCACCCAUGAUCCACAAGGUGGCUCACUAACCUUUUUGGGUUCCACUCAUUUACGUGUCAUUUAGCCACCAAUGCCCUUUCCAGGAAACAGCAGCCCGAGGGGUGUGUCCGAGUAACCCUAAGCCACAAGAUAUACUCGUAUUAUUUUGAGCUUUCACGGCAGCCCAUUAAUUAUAUUGCUUCUCGUCUUGACUCCACCUCUUCAACUGAUUUGCUAGGUAUGACUGUCACAGACUGAGCUGUGACAGGCAAGUUGGUAGCAAGGAAUCAAUAAGAUGCUGGCAAAAUACCAUCAAUGAAGUGCUGAACCUUGUUGCUGUUGUUGCCUGUUCACAUGCAUUUAACUUUGUACUGCUAUAUUGCUUG